AGACAAGUUUCUAGUAUUUGUAAAACUGAAUUUUUCCAUCUCAAAAAUAUAUGUAAGUUGCGACUUAUGCUUUCAUUCAAGGUUAGAUUAUUGUAAUGCUUUAUUGGGUGGUUGUUCUGCAUGCUUAAUAAACAAACCCCAGCUGAUCUAAAAUUCAGCAGUUCUUACUAGUACCAUGAAGUAUGACCGUAUUAGCCCCGUUCUGUCAACACUGCAUUGGCUCCCUAUUAAACACUUUAUACAUUAUAAAAUCUUUCAAAUUACUUACAAAGCCCUGAAUGGUUUAGCACCUCAGUAUUUGUAUGAGCUCUUGUUAUAUUAUAAUCCCCCACGUCCACUGUGUUCUCAAAUCUCUGGCCAUUUGAUAAUACCUAGAAUAUAGAAAUCAACUGCGGGUAGCAGAUCCCGAACUACAUUCACUCCCAAAAACUUCUAUUGUCUAUGUUCUGUUCCCAGCGUUUCUGUCUAUUUCCAGCUCCUGUUUGCUUUGUGCCUUGUUUGUCAUCAUAUUAACCCUUGUUUGUUGCCAUAGCAACCCUUUUAGUUUCCAUGUCAACCAAUCACCUUCACCUGUCCCUUGUAAGCCACUGGUUUUCUGGUGUUUUUCCAUGUUUUUUGUCUUGUGUUGUCUUUAGUGAAACCUCUUUCUUGUUUCUGAAACACUCAAGCCCCAUAUAUAUACAUUCCGUAUACUCCAAUGGAUGAGUUUGAUAAUUAUGCAGAACCAUCGAGUAGACUCAUUCUGUUUCAAAAUUCACUUCAAGCUUGUGCUAUUGUCUACAUACUGUCCACAUGGUACAAAAAAUAGGGCUGAAACAGACAGUGUGAACAGACAUCAUUGGACUCUUCUUAUUUCUUUGAGUGUUUGUCUGAGACUGGAAUCUAGUACACAUUUAAUUGUCAGGGUUCCCAAUUAUUAGUCUAGGAGAAUCACGUUUCCAAGUCAAGUUCUUUGCAUUUACUUUAAUAACAGUCAGGUGUGUUGAAACUAAACUCAGCAGGAAUGAGGAAGCUGCUUCACAGACUCACACACAAACCUGUUUUACACACGUCACUCAAACACAGAACCAGGAAACAGAAACACAUGAGUUCAGGAAAAGAGAAACUGAAGUGUAGUUGAGCUGUUGUGUGUUUGUGUCUGUGUUCAUGCAGUAAAAUGGCAGAAGCCAGAUUUUCUCAGGAUGAGUUCAUGUGUCCAGUGUGUCUGGAUCUCCUGAAGGAUCCAGUGGCUAUUCCCUGUGGACACAGUUACUGUAAGAUCUGUAUUACAGACUGCUGGGAUCAGGAGGAUCACAAGAGAGUCUACAGCUGUCCUCAGUGCAGACAGACCUUCAGUCCAAGACCUGCUUUAGCUAAAAAUACUAUCUUGGCUGAAAUGGUGGAGAAACUGAAGAAGACCAGACUCUCUGCUGACUGUGAGGCUGGAGCUGGAGAUGUGCAGUGUGACGUCUGUACUGGAAGAAAAUACAGAGCCGUCAAGUCCUGUCUGGUGUGUCUGGAGUCUUACUGUCAGAAUCACCUCAAGCAACAUGAGAGUUUCUUUAGAGGAAAGAGACACAAUCUGACUGAAGUCACUGGACGACUGCAGGAGAUGAUCUGCCAGAAACAUGAGAAGAUUCUCGAGGUUUUCUGUCGCACUGAUCAGAAGUGUAUAUGUCUGCUGUGUACGAUUAUUGAACAUAAAAACCAUGACAUUGUACCAGCUGCAGACCAGAGGACAGAGACACAGAAGCAGCUGAAGGAGACACAGAAGACGCUCCAGCAGAGAAUCCAGCAGAGAGAGAAAGAUCUCCAGCAGCUGAGAGAGACUGUGGAGUCUCAUAAGCGCUCUGCACAGACAGCAGUGGAGGACAGUGAGAGGAUCUUUACUGAGCUCAUCCGCUCCAUUGAGAGAAGCCGCUCUGAGCUGAUACGACUGAUCAGAGAUCAGGAAAAGACUGCAGUGAGUCGAGCUGAAGAACGACUGGAGCGACUGGAGCAGGAGAUCAAUGAUCUGAGGAGGAGAGACGCUGAGCUGGAGCAGCUUUCACACACACAGGAUCACAUCCAGUUCCUGCAGAGUUUCCAGUCUCUCUCAGCUCCUCCUGAAUCUACAGACGUAAAUGAUGAUCUCUUCAGUUCUCUCUUCUCUUCUGAUGAUCUGAGAGAAUCUGUCCAUCAGCUGAGAGACAAACUGGAGGAUUUCUGCAAAGAGCAGCUCCAGAAGAUCUCAGACAGAGUCACAUUCACCAGCAUUGAUCUCUGGACCAGGAAGGACUUCCUACAAUAUUCCCAUCAGUUCACUCUGGAUCUGAACACAGCACAUAAACACCUCCGUCUGUCUGAGAACAACAGAGUGAUUACAUUCACUGACAGAUAUCAGUCGUAUCCUGAUCAUCCAGACAGAUUUAAUGGUUGGUAUCAGGUGUUGUGUAGAGAGAGUGUGUGUGGACGCUGUUACUGGGAGAUUGAGUGGAGUGGAAGAGGUGUGUAUAUAUCAGUGUCAUAUAAGAGCAUCAGCAGGAAGGGAUCGGGUGUUGAGUGUGGGUUUGGAUUUAAUGAUCAGUCCUGGAGUUUGUGCUGCUCUUCCUCCAGAUACUCUUUCAGACACAAUAACAUAGAGACUGAUCUCCCUGUGAAGUCCAUCAUCAGGAGAGUAGGAGUGUUUGUGGAUCACGGAGCAGGAACUCUGUCCUUCUACAGCGUCUCUGACACAAUGAGCCUCAUCCACACAGUCCAGACCACAUUCACUCAGACGCUCUAUCCUGGGUUUAGGGUUUAUAAAGGAUCAUCAGUGAAACUGUGUUGAUGAAUCAGAAUAGAUUGACAAGAGAUUUUACCCAUAAUGCUUUGAGCUGCAUGAUGAUUCAGCAACAGUGAGAUGUUUAAGAGUAUUCCCUCUUCAUGACAUCAAUACUGCAGCUGAACUUCUGUCAGUGAAAUUUACAUUUAUUAACUUAGCUGACGCUUUUAAAGCAGCUUACAACUGCUAUAUAUGUCAGAAGUCAUCAUAUACUUUCUCUUGUACAGUAAUUU